AUGGCCAGCAAUGAGCAGAAGUUCCCUCCCCAGAGCCAACAAACCCACCCCGGCAAACAACAUGUCAUGGAUCCCACCCCACAAUCCACCAUUCCUCACUACAAGCCUUCUAAUAAACUCCAGGGAAAGGUGGCGUUGGUGACAGGAGGAGACUCGGGAAUAGGAAGAGCGGUGUGCAUAAGUUUUGCAAAGGAAGGUGCAACGGUGGCCUUCACUUACGUGAAGGGACAAGAAGACAAGGACAAGGACGACACUCUUCAGAUGCUGCUUCAGUCGCAGACGGGGGAUGCCAAAGACCCCAUGGCCAUAGCUUCCGAUAUAGGAUACGACGAGAAUUGCAAGCAAGUGAUUGAUAUCGUCGUCAAAGAGUACGGUCGCAUUGAUAUUCUGGUUAACAACGCAGCAGAACAACACAUGACAAAGUCUCUGGACGAUAUCACUGAAGAUCGCCUUGAAAGGGUUUUCAGAACCAACAUUUUCUCACAGUUCUUCUUGGUGAGGCAUGCAGUGAAGCACAUGAAAGAAGGAAGUUCGAUAAUCAACUCGACGUCGGUGAAUGCGUACGGCGGGAAUCCGAUGACGUUGGACUACACGGCAACGAAAGGAGCCAUUGUGGCGUUUACGAGAGGUUUGGCACUGCAUCUGGUGAGCAAGGGGAUUCGGGUCAAUGCGGUGGCGCCGGGGCCGGUGUGGACGCCGUUACAGCCGGCGUCGAUGCCUCCUGAAAUGAUCCAGAAACUGGGGUCGGAUGUUCCAAUGAAUCGAGCAGCUCAACCUGCUGAGAUUGCACCCUGUUACGUUUUCCUGGCUUCUCUUCAAGAUUCUUCCUACUUCACCGGUCAAGUCCUCCAUCCAAAUGGCGGCAUGAUCGUCAACGCUUGAAGUUCCUUAA